AUGGCUGUUCAGCUCCUAGACUAUCGCUGUGAAAUUGAUGAGACAAACAUCAAGGCUGCAUGUUACUUUCCAGGAAUAUCAUAUGAUGACUUUGAUAGAGCUGGUAAUAUUUCCCCGUGGAAAAUCUCCAGAAUGUUUGAAUCAGGCAGGAGUAUUCUGUUUAGAAGAUUCAACUAUUUAGAUGUGUCUGAACUUAAAGGUGACAACGCUUUCACCCAUUUUAUUCUGGGUAGCCAUUAUACCUUUGAUCCAUGUCUGUGGAAUAUGUUUUCGAAGGAUAAAAACUUUCCUUUUAAGGUAACAAGUGAGCUGAUAAACCUUGGCCAGAAAUCUAUUGCCUUCAAAGAAGUUAUCAUAAAUCUCCUGGACAAUAAACAGCUAGCAUCCUAUACUGGAAAGCUGGUUUAUAUCGACCGUAAAACAAAGCGACCGAAAAAUUAUCCAUCCUGGCAUAGUCUCAAAUACAGCCAUGCCCCGACUGACAAUGAUGUUAACAUUUCUGUUAAUGUGACCUACAUUCCUGAGACAGCUUUCACUUGGAAAUUUGUGGUCAUGCCCAGUGACAUAGAUAACAAUGGACAUACAAACCAAGCCAGCUAUAUUAGGUUUUUUCUAGACACAGCUGAAAUGGCCAGGUGUGCAAAACAUUUACAUCAUUUCACAAGCGACAUCUGCUUGUAUCCUAUUACCACAUUGAGUAUCAUGUACAAGAAAGAAAUUCUGUGUGGACAGGAAGUUUCUGCAUCUGUGUGGGAAAGUGAAGCUAAACCAAGCAUUCUUAACUUUGCUCUAAAAAAGAGUGGAUCCAAUGAAGGCGAUGAUUUAGCUGUUGUUGCUACUGCCAGUUUUAGGGAUAAUCCAAGCUCAAAAUUAUGA